AUAUAUUAAAUAUGUAAGCUUCCCUUCUCGUUCCUGCCUCUUCGUCAAUUUUUUAUCACUGAAACUGAUAGAGCUACAGCAGCGCAGCCACGUCACCGUACCGCCUCCGCCGGCCACCUACUCCACAAACACCCAUCUCCGCCGUGAUACCAUCACCACUAGCCGCGGGAACUUUUCAGUUUAACAACACUCCAGCAACAUCUAGCCAUGGCUGUGCUAGCUCUGUAAUUUCUGCAGAAAGCAUAGGAUAAGUUUGUUGUCUGAAUUACCCAAAGCAUUACAGUUGAGGAAGAUGGCCGAUGAGGAGAGAAACUUGGUUGAAAUAUUAGAAGAGCAUAAUGUGAUUGACAUUGCCAAGUAUAUAAAUUAUGUCAGUGCCCCACAGGCAGGCGCUGUAGCAACUUUCUCAGGCACGACUCGUGACACCUUUGAUGGUAAUACAGUUGUAGAGUUGAGAUACGAAGCUUAUGUUCCAAUGGCCAUCCGCUGCAUCAAUGACAUUUGUUCAUCUGCCCGAGCAUCCUGGAGCCUCAUCUCCAUUGCAGUUGCCCACCGCUUGGGCCCAGUUCCAGUGGGGGAAACCAGUAUCUUCAUUGCAAUCUCUUCUGUUCACCGGGCUGAUGCAUUGGACGCUUGUAAGUUUGUAAUUGAUGAAAUUAAGGCAUCAGUUCCGAUAUGGAAGAAGGAGGUGUAUGCAAAUGGAGAGGUUUGGAAGGAGAACUCUGAGUUUUUGGAGAGGAGGUCAGAGCUUGGUAAUGCUGGGUUGCAGCAGGGAGGUACAUGCUGUUCAAGAAAGGUAAAGGUGGAGGCAAAGGAGAGGAAGAGUUGCUGUGGGGCUAAGGUGAAGGUGGAAGGAGAACUCAAGUUUUUGGAGAGGAGGUCAGAGCUUGGUAAUGCUGGGCUGCAGGAGGGAGGGACAUGCUGUUCAAGAAAAGUAAAGGUGGAGGCACAGGAGAGGAAGGGUUGCUGUGGGGCUAAGGUGAAGGUGGAUGUUGAAUGACCACCUUAUGCAUCCAUGGAGGAGAGCUUUAUCAGUAAGAAGAUCAAGUUCAAUUGCAUUUUUAUUCACUCCCUUCUGUUCACUGUUAACAAUCAAAUGCAUUUUAGGGUCUGGUGGAAAAGCUGUGCCUGUUUUGUUGCAUAUCAUCAUCCAUUGUUCUUUCAAAUAAAAUUAACGAUAUUUAUAUAUUA